AAAACAUUGUCUACAGCCUUACAUAUUCCUGAAACUUCUUUUCUUCUUAUUCUUCUUCCUCCUCAUUUAUUCUUCUUCUUCUUGUCCUCCUCUCCUAAGUUGUCCGCAAAUAGACUUGCAAUCCUCUUUGGGGUAGGACAACACUCUUAUAUAAAGGAUUUCUAUGCUUGGAUUAAGUCAGUCUAUUCUGACAACAGUGUAGUGCUUGGACUAUCCUAGCCAUGAAGUUCCUGAUCACCCUCGUAUCAGCACUGUGUGCAGUUGCCUUUGUAUCAGCAGCACCUCAAUUCAGAGGCAAUCAACCCCAACCCCAGCAGCCUCAGAGUAGUCCUGUCAUUGCAAUUGUCAGGCAAGCCCAGGAUGGACCAAACUACGAUGGGAGAUUCAAUUACCAAUACGAGACCGAGAACGGCAUUCAGACCUCAGCCUCGGGCGACCUGAAAAACGCGGGCACACCUGACGAGGCCCUCGUCAUCCAGGGCUCCUACUCGUACACGGCACCCGACGGGACACCCAUCCAGGUCACGUACGUGGCCGACGAGACAGGGUUCCACGCCGAGGGCGCACAUCUGCCCACGCCGCCUCCAAUCCCCGAGGCGAUCGCUAAGAGUCUGGAGUACCUGAGGUCGCUUCCGCCUUCCAAGGAGGAUGCUCAGCAGCCUUUCAGGAAACGGUUCGCCAGACGCGCUAGGAAAUACAGAUUGUUGUAGACUGGAAUUUGAAUAAAAAUAUGUUAAAUUUGA